AUGUCGGUUCCGAACUUCAGCAAGCCACUCUGUACCUGGCCUUUGCAUCCGGGUUCAACAUCAUGCUCUGAGCCGAGUUUCCUAUACUGGCCACUCCUGAUGCUGGUUGUGAUUCUAACCUGUGGUCUUUCUGUGGUGUCUGUCAUGGGUAACGCUCUCUGGAUCGCAGCGUACGCCAAGACACCAGCUCUUCAAACUCCUCUGAACAUGUGCUUGCUAAGCUUGGCAUCAGUGGGCCUGUUUAAUGGUGUCGUAAUGCAGCCGCUGAUCAUAUCAGACGCUAUAUUCUUCCUGGUAUGUCCUUCGAUAACUUGUUCACUGGAACAUAUCGUCACUGGUAUAGUGACCUUAGUAGCCGAUAGCACUUUACAGAACAUCGCUGUUAUCUCUAUCGAUCGCUACAUAGCGAUUCUUAAGGGUGCGCGGUAUUUGCAAUUGGUGACCAAAAAGCGUAUCGUCAUUGCUUUUGGUACAUACGCGCUAUUUCGCGUGUUUUUAAGCGUAUGUGUUUUCACAGGAAUGAUUGAUUAUCUGGCGCUGGUAAUCGUGUCAGUAGUUUUCAGCAGUGUAAUUGUACUUUUCACUUGUGUAAGGAUUAUUUUUCGUAUUCGUCGUCUUAGAAGUGUCGUUGUCGGACCAAAUCCAAGCCCGGAAGAAGAAAGAAGACGAGUUCAUGAGAGAAAAAUUACAAAAACAUUCGGCGUAUUAGUAGCAAUGUUUAUCUUAUGUUUUGCUCCAGCCAUGGGCUACUACUUCGUCUUAGAAUCGAUUGUUGUCGACCCAGUACUUCGUGCCAUAGUUUGGCGUUUCAUUGAGGUAAUAAUGAUGUUGAACGCAGUUUUGAACUUUGCUGUUUAUUUUUGGCGGCACGGAGAGAAGCGAGUCGCCGUUCGGAAAGUCAUCAGCGACGCUUACGCUGCAAUUAAGGGUUGUAAUUGUCAUUAG